AUGGAUUCAUCAUCAGUGGCCAUCGGACUUGCCUUUGGUGGCAUCGCCUCAUGUGUUGCCGAGUGCUGCACCAUUCCCAUCGAUGUGGUCAAGACCCGCCUCCAGCUUCAGGGCGAACUGGGUGCAACCAGGGCGUACACUGGCGUCUUUGAUGCCGUCCGCACAAUGGCCCGCAAGGAGGGCAUCAAAGCCCUGUUUGGGGGCCUCUCGCCGGCGUUGCUCCGCCAGGCCACGUACGGCUCGAUGCGCUAUGGCCUGUACACCCCGAUGAAGACGCUCCUGGGUAUCCCGCCCGAUAUGCCCAAAGACCAGAUGCCGCUGACUCUCAAGGUGGUGGCCGGCGCCGGCGCUGGCGCCCUCUCUUCGGCUAUCUGCAACCCGGCGGAUCUGAUCAAGGUCCGGAUGCAGGCUGCCGGCAUGGCCGGCGACGCUGUCAAGACCCGCUACACCUCGCUGCUUCACGCCUUUACCCACAUCAUUCGCAACGAAGGCGUCCUCGCGCUGUGGUCCGGUGUCGGGCCGACAUGCGCCCGCGCUACCGUCCUCGCCGCGGCAGAGCUCCCGGCCUACGACGAGCUCAAGUACUUUAUCCAGAAGCACCGGCUCCUUGGCUCGCACUCGGACAAUGGGCUCCCGCUCCACGCCGUCACCGCUACGGGCGCCGGCUUUGUCUCGGCACUCGCCUCGUCGCCGUUUGACGUUGCCAAGUCGCGCAUGCUCAACCAGCCGCGCGACCCGGCAACCGGGAAGGGCAAGCUGUACAAGUCCAUGAUCGACUGCUUCAUCAAGUCGGUCAAGGCCGAAGGCGUUCUCUGCCUGUGGAACGGCUUCUGGCCCAACUUUGCCCGUAUCGGCCCGCGCGUCAUCAUUAUCUUUAUCGUUAUGGAGCAGCUGAAGAAGCGCUUCGACCCCGAGCCGAUCGACGACGAGCCAGAGUAGGCUCUCUGCUGUUUGUCUAUUCAGUCCCACGGCGCAGACUCAUCGCCUUCCAAUGACGAUGUCGACUCGGAAAUCGCGUCCAUCCACGGGGUCAUCCGCGGCGUAGGCGGGUUCGCGCUGUAGUGGGUCGAGGCCAGCGUCGUUGACGAUCCCCCGCGGCCAGCGCGCCGGAUGAGCCUCCGGCGGCCAGCAUGCCGAACACACCCGAGACCUGCCGGUCGAAAUCGUCCUCCUCGUCACCUUCAUCCACAAAGUACACCGGGUUGAAGAACAUGCCGCCUGUGUCCUCGAGCGCAAUCGAGUCGAUCCGCGAGAGCGCAUCCGCCUUGCUGCUGUCCUCAAGCUCCGGCGGAAGGUCGGUGGCGAGAGUAGGUGAGAGCUCAGCCCGCGCCAGCGGAAGGUGUAGCGCUGACGCAGACGAGCUCAGCGCUCCCUUCAGCGUGUAGUCGCCACGGGCUUCGGCAUCCUCAGCAG